AUGUGGAUAAGAAGUGCAACGCAUGCAGGUGUCAAAAGACGUACGGCUCCAGAUAACCAGCACAAAUAUAUCUCCAAAAUGGUGACUCUCCAAGACAGAUGGGAACGAGUAGACAGCUGGAUAGGGUCAGCAGAGUGCAGUAUACAAGAUAUGGACGACUUUGAUACGGAAACUCAAGAUAGUUCAGAAGCUGUUUUUCCUCUAGAUGAAGACGACUACUAUGACGCUUUCUGUUCUGAGUACAUGUCGUUCACCAACAACAACCCUACAACUUGCCAUGCUGUUCAGUAUAUGAGCGAGAUGCUUGAGGCCCGAGGAUUUGUUUAUAUUCCAGAAACUCGACCCAUUGAUGAAAAAACUGCCCGGGCGAUUAUCAAGGGCGGCUGUUUCUACACAAGUAGAGGAGGGUUAUCGCUUGUUGCUUUCAUUAUUGGGGGCCAAUGGCAACCAGAGAACGGUAUUGGAGCCAUAGGAAGCCAUGUUGAUGCUUUGACAGCAAAAUUGAAACCAUGUUCCAUCAAGCCAAAUGUGGAUGGAUAUCAAAUGCUUGGUGUCGCCAACUAUAGUGGAAGCCUUCAAAAAAACUGGCUAGAUCGUGAUUUAGGAAUCGGAGGCGGGGUGAUAAUCAAGAAAAACGACAAAGUUUCUCGAAAAAUCGUGAGUUCGGGUUCGUUUCCUAUUGCGAGAAUACCCUCAUUAGCGGAACAUUUUGGUGCUGUAGCCGAUGGUCCUUAUAACAAAGAGACACAGAUGGUUCCUAUUAUAGGGUACGGCGAAGCCAAAGAAGCGUCAGAAACCGAAAAAAGUGCUCCUUUGUACGGAAAACAUCCACUACCACUUUUGAGGUAUGUUGCAACUCGAGCUGGCUGCAAAUUGGAAGAAAUUGUUGGUGUGGAUUUGGAGCUCUAUGAUAUCCAGAGUGCGUGCAGAGGAGGUCUAGACAACGAGUUCAUGUUUGCACCCCGGAUAGACGACCGGUUGUGUUCUUUUGCUGCGAUAAAUGCCCUUCUUCUGUCGGCAUCAGAGAUCAAAAAUUCCACAACUUUAAAGCAAUGGAAUGGACUAAACAUGGUUUUAUUGGCUGAUAACGAAGAGAUAGGCUCAGGAAGCCGCACGGGUGCAAAGGGGAAGUUUCUUUCCACAACUUUAAAAAGAAUUUUAUCGGCUCGCAAUUUGCAACUUCAACACCUCAGUGUCACUUUUGCCAAUUCCUUGAUACUCAGUGCCGAUGUUACCCAUGCUUUGAACCCCAAUUUCAAACUGGCGUACCUCGACAACCACUAUCCUGUCCCCAACAAGGGACUAACUAUCAAAAUGGAUGCAAAUGGCCGGGUUAUGACCGACUCCAUCGGUACGGCCAUGAUGCAAAAAAUCGCCGAAAAAAACAAUUUGCAAUUCCAAACCUUCCAUGUUCGAAACGACAUGCCCAGCGGCAGCACAAUUGGCCCUAUCUUGGCGGUGGAGACCGGAGCUCGUGUUGUGGACGUGGGAUUACCCCAGCUUUCCAUGCACAGUAUUCGAGCCAUGUGUGGCUACAAAGAAGCGGGUUUAGGAAUCAAAGCGUUUGAAGCUUUCUUCCGUGAUCGGACUACAGUAGCUAGAGCAGUAUGUAUUUGA